AUGUUCGUGCACUGGGAGGUUUUCUAUUACAUUUUCAUCCUCCUGGCUCACAUGAGGUCGUACUGCUGCUGGUCAGUGAAUAAUUUCUUGAUGACUGGACCCAAGGCAUACCUGAUCUACUCCAGCAGCGUGGCGGCCGGAGCUCAGAGUGGCAUCGAGGAGUGCAAAUACCAGUUUGCAUGGGAUCGCUGGAACUGCCCCGAGAGAGCCCUGCAGCUGUCCACACACAGCAGCCUGCGCAGUGCAAAUCGAGAGACGGCGUUCGUCCACGCCAUCAGCUCUGCCGGGGUCAUGUACACCUUAACCAGGAACUGCAGCCUUGGAGACUUUGACAACUGUGGCUGUGAUGACAGCAGGAACGGACAACGAGGUGGUCACGGUUGGCUCUGGGGCGGCUGCAGUGACAAUGUCGGCUUCGGCGAGGCCAUCUCCAAACAGUUUGUGGAUGCGCUGGAGACUGGGCAGGACGCACGAGCGGCUAUGAAUCUUCAUAAUAACGAGGCCGGGCGCAAGGCUGUAAAGGGGACCAUGCAGAGGACAUGCAAGUGCCACGGGGUGUCGGGAAGCUGCACGACUCAAACCUGCUGGCUGCAGCUGCCGGAGUUCAGGGAGGUGGGGAACUACUUGAAGGAGAAGUACCACAGAGCUCUGAAAGUGGAUCUUCUGCGAGGCGCUGGGAACAGCGCAGCCAGCCGGGGGGCCAUCGCCGAGACCUUCAGCUCCAUCUCUCGCAAGGAGCUGGUCCACCUCGAAGACUCCCCCGAUUACUGCCUGGAGAACCGCACCCUGGGGUUACCGGGCACAGAGGGCCGCGAGUGCCUGAAGAAGGGCAAGAACUUGAGCAAAUGGGAAAAACGCAGCUGCAAGAGACUAUGCGGAGAGUGCGGGCUGGCUGUGGAGGAGCGCAAAGCCGAGAUGGUGUCGAGCUGCAAUUGUAAAUUCCACUGGUGCUGCGCGGUGAAGUGCGAGCAGUGCAGGAAGACAGUGACCAAGUACUUUUGUGUGAAGAGAGGAGGUCAGAGGGGAAGAAACGAGAGCGCCAGCAACCGCAGAAAGAACCUCAGAAUGAGAAAGAAACACUGA